AUGCCUCUUAAAGCGAAGAUUCUCAAUCCUGCAAUAUCAGGGCAAGCUGCAACAAUGGCCACAGGUCCUCAGGCACCAAAGGAAGAACCCCGAAACGACCCCGACGACGUCCUUUUCAACCCCAUCUACGGUGUCCGUACCAUCGAGCUCAACCGACCCCAGAAGCUCAACUCCCUCAAUGGCUCAAUGGCACGCAAGAUAAUGUCUAGACUCCAAGAAUGGGAGAAGUCCCAAUUGGCCAGUGUAAUAAUCAUCGGUGGUGCCGGCCCUAGAGCCUUCUGCGCCGGCGGUGACGUCGCAGCUCUCGCCGAGCUCAAUGCAUCUGGUCCUGAAGGCCAAGCUGCGAGUCAGGCCUAUUUCGCGCUCGAAUACCAGCUUGAUCAUCUCAUAGCUACAUACCCCAAGCCUUACAUCGCAUACAUGGACGGUGUUACAAUGGGCGGCGGCGUUGGGCUGUCGGUACAUGCUCCCAUACGAAUAGCUACCGAACGAACGCUCUUUGCCAUGCCUGAGACCUCAAUCGGCUUCUUCCCCGAUGUUGGUGGCUCGUUCUUUUUACCCAGGCUGGAAGGCAGUAUAGGAACCUACCUCGCGCUCACAUCCGAACGAUUGAAGGGCGUCAACGCCUUCUACGCGGGUGUAGCAACCCAUUACGUCCACUCCUCCUCGCUCUCAUCCCUUACAGCCCGCCUCGCGGAAAUCGAGUUCAAAGACUACGAAGACAUGUACUCCCGCCUCGCCACCAUCGCGGCUACAAUUGCAGAAUUCGAGACGGGGCUACCGCACGAUGAGCCGAUGCUUUUAGCGGGCGAGCUGCGAAAAGCGAUUGAUCGCUGUUUUGGCUAUGGGGCGAUUGAGGCCAUCAUCGAUGCGCUUGAGGAUGAGGAGAAGGACACGAAGCUCCCAGAACAUAUCAGAGAUUGGGCGAAUAGCACCCUCGAGACUCUGUCAGAACGCUCUCCGACGAGUCUCAAGGUAACGCUGAAGCAAAUGGAGCUGGGCCGCCGAUGGACCAUUGGUGAAGCUUUCAAGAACGAAUACCACAUUGCAGGCAGGUUCAUGUCGCAUCCCGACUUCGGCAGCGGCGUCUCUGCACGCCUGAUACACAAACCUCCGACGAAGCCGACUUGGAAUCCUCCUUCGCUCCAAGGUGUCACCAGGGAAGAUGUUAACAAGUUCUUCAACCACGAAGGCGAAUUCCCGAUGAAAUUGCGGAACGAGCAGGAAAGGGACUACAGAGAGUACCCCUUCCGCAUGGGUCUGGUGAGGGAGGACGAAAUACGAGGCGUGGUCCAGCAGGGAGGGCAGAAGGCCCAAAAGGUGAUAGCGAAGUUCUUCGAUGAGGGCGGGAGGAGAUCAGGGACGAGGGAGAAGGUGGAAGAGGUGCUGGCGAGGAAAUGUGAUCAAGACGAGGAAGGGUGUCUGAUCUGGAAGCGCUGA